AGGGGGCGCUGGGCGGCUGAGGCCGGGCUGGUCACUCGCCUCAUCUCUUCCCCUCCUCCUCCUCCUCUUCGACGGCCCCCAAAGGACGGAGACGCCCCCUCUUCCUCUUCUUCCUUCUCCUUCCUGAGGCGCAGAUGCGGCGGGGGCUCCGUCGGGGCCGGAGGGCGGCCGGAGGGGCAGGAAGGAGGGGCUGAGAGGAAGGAAGAGUCGGCGGAAGAGGGCCCCCCACCGCGACGCGGACAAAGCCAAGGUUGAAGCUCCACCUCCCCGACAAGAGGAGUCUGACCCCUCGCCAUGCAUUCCCUGGACGAGCCCCUGGACCUCAAGCUGAGCGUUUCCAGGCUCCGGGAGAAGGGCGGCUGGGCCCCCGUUGGCCCCAAGCGCCUGGACCCCCGGGCCUCAGAGGAGGAGGAAGAAGAGGAUGAAGAGGAGGAGGGGACCCCCAUCGCCAGCCCGCCCUCCCCCUGCUCCCCCAAUAGUGGCCUCCCACUGCGGCCCCGGUGCCCCCAGGACAAGAGGGAAGCCCCCUGCCCCUCGCAGCCGCCAACCAUUGACCUCCGCCUCUCACCGCCCCCUCCAUCCUCGGAGACCCCCGCAACAUCCUCCUCCUUCUCUGCUUUGCGGGACCUACCCUCGCUGCGCUACAUUGAGGCCCUGCAGAACUCCUUCCAGUUCUUCCUGCCCCUGAAUGCAGGGGGGCUGCCCCUGCCCGCCUCGGCAUUCCUGGGCCCCCCCAAGGAGAAGCGCCUCUCUCCGGAGCUCCCUCUGCCGAAGCAGCAGCUGGUCUGCCAGUGGUCCAAGUGCCACCGGCCCUUUGACCUCCUGCAAGACCUAGUAGACCACGUCAACGACUUCCAUGUCAAGCCCGAGAAGGACACUGGGUACUGCUGCCACUGGGAGGGAUGUGCCCGCCACGGAAGGGGCUUCAACGCCAGGUACAAGAUGCUGAUCCACAUCCGGACCCACACCAACGAGAAGCCCCACCGCUGCCCCACCUGCAACAAGAGCUUCUCCCGUCUGGAGAACCUGAAGAUCCACAACCGUUCACAUACAGGGGAGAAACCUUACUUGUGCCCCUAUGAAGGCUGCAACAAGCGCUACUCCAACUCCAGCGACCGCUUCAAGCACACGCGCACACACUACGUGGACAAGCCCUACUACUGCAAGAUGCCCGGCUGCCACAAGCGCUACACGGACCCCAGCUCCCUGCGCAAGCACAUCAAGGCCCACGGGCACCACAUCUCCCAGGAGCAGCAGCAGGAGAUACUCCAGGCCCAAGGGAGCCCCUCUGCCAUCAUCACUGCCUCCGCUGCCUCCAAGGGGGGCUCCCUGGCGGGGGACGGGCCUUUCGCUGGCGCCCAGCUCCUCCUCCCCGGCCUCUUUGGGGGCCCUGGCUUGAGUGGCCUGCCCCUUGGAUCCCCAGGCCCCCUGGACCUCAGCGCCUUGGCCUGCGCUGGACUGGGCUCCACAGCAGCCAUCGCUGGCUUGCCCAGUCCGGUCCUGGCCCCCCUGAACCUGGCCAAGAACCCCCUUCUCUCCACCCCCUUUGCACCCGGCGGACUGGGGCUGCCCUUGGUCUCCCUGCUGGCCGGAGCCUCCAUCGCCAAGGCUGAGAGGUGCCCCCAUGGGAACGGAGGCCGGCUCCUUAAAGGCGGUGGCAGUGGUGGCAUUGUCAGGGGCAGCUGCAAAGGGCUUCUGGAGCGGACUGACUUGGCCCGGCUGCGACCCGGGUCCCCUGUGCCCGAGGAGGGUCUGCCCUUGCUCCCUGGUAGCGCCUUGGACCUCUCCACUGGGGUCAACUCCGGGGGGAACCGGAAUAGCAGCAGCGGAGGCGAGGCCUUGCCCCCCGGAUGGGUGGUCAUCCCCACAGGAUCGGUGUUGCUCAAACAGGCGGCGGUGAACUGAGAGAAUGAUGAAGGUGAGGACUGACCUCUGGGAACCGGUUGCAGAGCAGGCUCCCUAUCACCGCCUCCCAUUUCUUGUCCAGACGCCAAGGCACUGGAACAGCCCUGUGCCCUGAAGCUUCCAGUCCCGAGGGGGUUUGCUUGAGACUUCUCUUCUUGGGUCAAGGCAAAUGCACGAAAUGGUCCAAGACCCCAGCGUGACCUUCAAGGUGGGUCUGCGGCUCCCCUGAAACGGCUGCCCUCCUUUGUGGCAGAACAAACAGUAUCUUAUCAGAGGGGGUCUCCCUUUGUCCCCCAUAUAGCUCCCCCUUGUACGUCCUGACAGAGCCAGCCUCGGCCUCCUUUGCCCCGAUUUGCUUUCUCUUACGACGGAGGAGGAGUCUCUCCUGAGCAAAGCAAUAAGCGCCAUUUCCAUGGGCAGCAGUUGUGACAAACCUCCCCCAAAUUCCUGUUGUGCUGCUUGGACAGGCUGACCUUGGGGCUCCUGGCUUUGGUCCGGCCCUUUCUGAACUCCUCUAUGUCUUCCCUGCAACAGAAAGGCAGGGGCAGCCCUUUCUUUGCCUUUCUGCUCAUCCCACAGUUUGUAAAGCCCAGGGAGUGCUGGGUCUGGAAUGGCUGCUGGGUGGAUCCCCUUCUGUACAAAGCCCCCUCCCAUGACAAGGCAUCAUGUGCUGCUCACCAAUUUACAUGCCCCUUUGACACAGAGGGACUGAAAUAUUCACUUCCCCUCUAUGAGCAGUAGGGCCUCCCAUUAAAGAGGUUGAACAGGACUGUGGGGUGGGCCCUGGGGAGGAGUCUCUCCUUUGUGGGCAGCCUCCUCCCUCCUCUUGGGCCACUUGCCUUUCCCUCCCUGCCAGGCCCAUUCCAGUCUCCUGCAAGAAUCUCCCACUGACAGGGCUGUUGUCGCCAAACCUUGAGGGCCAGAAGCUUGGUUUCCUUUCUGUAGCUGCAUAGAGGCAGAGCCAUUCCAGGAAUGCUGGAGACAGACUCCACAGCCCCAGCGCCCCCGUCCUGCCCUCCUCUUCCCCUCCAUUCCCAAGGAGUUCCCUCUCCGUUCACAAGGGGUCCCUGUGGGCCUGUCCACACCCACUUUUCUCAGAGGGACCCCUCCUGUGGGCUUCCUGCAGCCUCCUGUUGACCAUUCCCCCUGCGCCCCAAGGGGAGCUGGCCUCCCAGGCGCAGGCGGAAACACUCCUCCGUUUUUGGGGCUUGAGAGCAGCACUGCCCUCCUUCCUUGCUUCCUUCCUCCCGGCAUCUUCUGCCAAUCGACCAGGCCUCUGAGCCGGUGCUGUGUGCUCCUGCCUCCCGUCGUUCUCUUCCUGUCUGUUUGGGCCGCCAGUAUUUUAACAGUUUCUAAGUGCCUUUCGAUUGUAGUUCUAUGUUGGUCCCCACCCCCAUGUUAGCAUAGUUUUAAGGCAGGAAGCAAUGAGCUAUGACCGAUGACCACCCGGUCCCUCUGCCCCAAAAGGAAGGAGGGCCGGUUAUGACAGAAACAAUAAAAGCAAACCCAAACACUC